AUGCCUCGAGAAUUCAUUUCCUCCGGAUUCAAAUUUGAGGGCGAAAUCGGUUACUCCCGAGCUGUCGUCGUCGAUGACUUUGUAUUUGUAUCGGGAACCACUGGUUACGACUAUGCUACUGGCGAAAUCUCUGAGGAUGUCGUCCAACAGACUGAACAAACAAUGAUCAAUAUCGACAAGGCCCUAAAGGACGCCGGCUCCUCCGUGUCCGAAGUUGUUCGUGUGCGCUAUAUACUUCCGGAUCGGUCCGAGUUCCCUCUCGUUUGGCCGGUAUUGAGAAAGUGGUUUGGCAAUGUACGGCCGGCGGCGACAAUGGUACAGUCUUGCCUCAUGGUUGAUGAGAUGAAGAUUGAAAUCGAGGUCACUGCAAAGAAGGGAUCGAGCAAUGAUGUAACCACUUUUGUAUAG